CUGUGUGGAUGCAUGCUUUUCUUCGAGAAAUGGGACAAGAAAUUGUUCGUCGGGAAUCCUUUAUGGGGCCAGGACAACGCAGUAGGAUAUGGCUUUAUAAGGAUAUCUAUAAUGUGUUGAUGAAUGAAACUGGAUCAGAGAAAAAAAUGAAGGCCUAGUCUUGGAUUUACUUGGUAAAGAGGCAGAAUUGAUCAAUGGAAAAGGUUUCUCGAAGAUGAAUCAUCUAAGACUGCUCAUUCUCCGAAAUGCGAGCAUUUUUCAUGGCCUUGAAUACCUGUCAAAUGAAUUGAGAUAUCUAGAAUGGCAUGAAUUUCCUUUCAAUUCUUUGCCAUCAGCUUUCCAACCAAGUAAACUUGUUGAGCUUCACAUGCACCAUAGCAACUUGAAACAAUUAUGGGAAGAAAUAAAACCUUUGCAGUUACUGAAGGUCAUUGAUCUGAGUUAUUCCAAAGAUUUAAUUAAGACCCUGGACUUUAGAAAUGUCCCAAAUCUCGAGGUGUUGAAUCUUGAGGUUGAGGGUUGUACAAGCCUAGUUGAGGUGGACCGAUCCAUUGUAUUAUUGACAAGGUUGGUUUGGUUGAACUUGAAAGGCUGUGAAAUCUUAGAAACUCUUCCAAGUGGCAACUGGAAUUUGAAGUCUCUCAAGAUUCUUAAUUUGUGUGGAUGCUUGAAGCUUAGCAAACUGCCUGAGGGGUUAGUAAGUGCGACGAGUUUGGAGGUGCUUGAUGCGGCUGGCAUUGGUUCUGGACAAAUGACAUUGGCUAAAGCAUGUGAUCUCCAUAGUAAUUAUUUGGUGCCUGCUACGAGGAACCAAAAACCGCUGGCGUUCGCUUUCUCGAGUCCACAAGCCAUGAUGAAACUGGUUAUGAGUUAUUGCGCCUUUCCACAAGUUCUGAAUAAUCUGAGUUGCUUGUGGUCUUUGGGGAAACUAAAUUUGUGUGGAAAUCAUGUUUUAAGCAUACCUUCAAGCAUCAACCAACUUUGUAAUCUUACAGAUGUGGAUUUUUCUAAUUGCAGAAGACUUGAGUCCUUGCCUGCUCUUCCGUGUAAUAUUGAACGUCUAUCUAUUGGAAAUUGCACUUCAUUGCAAGCGCUUCCAGACAUGGCUCAACUUUCUAAACUUACAGAUCUUUGGAUGCCAAAUUGCAGAAGACUUAAGUCAUUGCCUACUCUUCCACCUAAUAUAGGAUGGCUAUUUAUUGAAGAUUGCACUUCAUUGCAGACACUUCCAGAUCUAGUUCAACUUUUUGAACUUAUAAAUCUUGUGAUUUAUAAUUGCUCAAGACUUGAGUCACUGCCUGCUCUUCCGUCUAAUGUUGAAAGUAUAAAUAUGCAAAAUUGCACUUCACUGCAAACUCUUCCAGAAAUGGUUCAACUUUGUAGACUUGCAAGUCUUCGGUGUACUAAUUAUACGAGCCUUCAGUUGUUGCCGGACCUUCCUUCAAACGUUCAACAUCUAUAUAUGGAAAAUUGCACAGCAUUGAAGCAUUUCACAAUCUGUUUGAAAAACAGAAUUUGGAGAAGAGUUUUUAUAUAGGUUUCUCAAAUUGCUACACAUUGAAUUACUGUCAAACUAAAAUUAGCGUGGCAUUUGCAUGGUUGAGAAGUUGCUUGCUUUGGUUAUAUGAAAUUCGGAAGCUGACGAAGAUAGAAGAAAGCUGCCAAAGUGAAGAGGAUUUGGAAGAAAUUUGCCAUCAGAUCUGAACUAUCUUUCUCAGUAUACUUGUCAAAAAAAUUUUUCUUAGCAGUCCCACCCAUUCUUGUCAUUCUAAUUUCAACUUUAUCAACAAUGUUGUUACAGAGAUGUAAUAGUCCAGAGAUUGGAGUCCCUGACCUCUAUAUAUACUUACCUGGGAGUGUAAUUUCAGAUUGGUUCAGCUAUCAGGGAGACCGUAGCCCGUUGAGAAUACAACUACCUCCAUUUGAAACUUGGUGGAACAUUGCGGGUUUUGCAGUUUGUGAUGUUUUUGGGGGAAGAAAACGUCUUGAACCUUUUUGUUGCAUUGAAGUCAAUAGUAAAAGUGGAGUGGCUUGGAGUAGGCUCUACCAGGUCCCAAUUCCUGGAGCUUCAAAAGUUGUAUCGGAUCAUCUUAGCCUGUUCUUUGCUGCAAGUGACAAGCUAGAUCCGGACAAGGAAUGGAAUCCAACUGAGCUUUUUCUUGAUUUCCCCGAAGAGGAAAUCAAGGAGUGUGGAAUCCGUGUGGUAUACGAGAAAGACAUACAAGAGCUAGUGCAAUGACUUGUGAAUAUUGAGCGAAGAAAAUAAAAUAUAGAGGAACAAGAAGACAAAAUCUAAAGAAGCAGCAAGGAGAAGGAAUUAAAAACCAAGUCCAGAAGAUAACUGCAUUGGUUAUUCAGAGGGAACUCCAGAAGGAGGACUUGUAUAAAUAACAUCUUUUUUAUUUUCUGGUGUUUGAAUUAUUCAGAAAAAAGUAGUCCAUAAAAAAAAUUAAUUUUCUGAUUAAA